CCCACAGAAUAAAUAGUUUGGUGGAAAUGGAGUUGCUUACUUUCUCCCAUUUACGUUAGUGUUUGUUAACUGGCUGCCUAUAUUGGUUUAAAAAUAGAGAAACAGGUGUCGCAUUGCUUAGUAUUUUUCUUCUGUAGACGUCGAGUUUCUGUUGAAGGAAACUAUAUUUUGAAAACAUCACCAAGAUGCUAGCUAGCGCUUAGCUACGUUAUCGUUAGUUCCUAAAACAACUCCAGAUAGGGUUAGCUAAGCAAGCAAAAACCAAAAGGGUGUUAUCUAUGCUUUGUAUUCAUUAGAGUAAUGUUAGCACAGUACAUGUUGUAAAAAAACAAACAAACAAACAAACUACCGUCAUCCUACCAACUACCGUGUACUCAGUUAUACCAACGUUUGUUAAGGAGAUUCCGCUUUUUAGAUAAACCGAAACUGAAGAAUGGACGCGAGUGGGAAACCGUCCACCGGACAGAUACUGCUGCUGGCGACGAGCUCGGCCCUUACAGCUGUCUUCUAUUCCAUGUACAGAAGGAAGGCAGGCCAUGUUGCCAGACUGAAAGAAGCCAAGAAAAUAUCAUUAGAUCAAGAUCUGAAAAACAUCCUUGCUGAUGCUCCAGGGAAAUGUAUUCCAUAUGCUGUUAUUGAAGGAGUUGUGCGAUCUGUGAAAGAAACUUUGAACAGUCAGUUUGUGGACAACUGCAAAGGAGUCAUUGAGAGACUGACACUAAAAGAAAAGAAAAUGGUCUGGAAUCGGACAACUCAUCUAUGGAAUGACUGUGAAAAGGUCAUCCAUCAACGCACCAACACCGUGCCCUUUGACCUGGCCCCGCAUGACGACAACAUCAGUGCGACGGUGCGUGUUGUCCGCCCCCUGGACGCGGCCGAGCUAGACCUGGAAACAACCUAUGAGAACUUUCACCCCAGCACAAACUCCCUGGGCAAUGUAAUUAGCCACUUCAUAAGCGGCGAGCGGCUGCGAGGCGUCCAGGAGACGGAGGAAAUGCUGCGUCUGGGUGCCAGCCUGACGGGUGUGGGCGAGCUCGUGCUCGAUAACAGCCUGGUGCGCCUGCAGCCGCCCAAGCAGGGCCUGCGCUACUUCCUGAGCCGCGUGGACUACAACACGCUGCUGGCGAGGCAAGAGAGCAGCCUUCAUGUGUGGCGCGCCCUCACGUUGCUGCUGGGUCUGGCCACGUGUGCCACACUCCUCUAUGCGCUGUGGAGGCACUGGGCCUGGCGCCGACGCCAGCGUAAGGAGCGCGACGAGCUGAAGGAGUUCGCCGAGCGACUGCGGAGGCGCGCGCGGGAGCUUAGCCUGGAUGAGGCAGCUGUGCCAGCCAGCGCGUGCGCCAUCUGUCUGACACGUGAGCGCGCCUGCGUGUUCCUCGAGUGCGGCCAUGUGUGCACAUGUGAGCGGUGCUAUCAUACGCUUCCCCAGCCAAAGAAAUGCCCCAUAUGCAGGGCGAGUAUAGACAGGGUGGUGCCUCUUUACAACAGCUAACCACAUGUAGGCUUUUAAUCCUUUUAGAUGUUUUCAUGUCUUUGCGAGCUUUGAAGACAUUCUGAAGAAUUUUAAGCAGUGAAAAUACAAAAAUGUUUAUCUAGCCUGUUGGCUAAGCAGGGAAAACAAAUAGUUCUGGUUUGUGGCUGAUUGUCAUCAUCAGUAAAGCUUACCAAAAUGCA